CCUAGCUUUCAGUCGAUAUUGUGCGCGUCUAGUGUUACAUCGUAUUUUAAAAUGCCAAAUAUAAUUAACGAAGUUAAAUUAGACUUCAAGGAUGUGUUGUUGAGACCGAAAAGAAGUACAUUGAACAGUCGGAAUGAUGUAGACCUAUUCCGGGAGAUAACAUUCCGUAACUCCGGUCAGACGUACCGCGGUGUACCUGUGAUGGCCAGCAACAUGGACACCGUGGGGACAUUUGAAAUGGCACAGGAGUUGUCCAAGCAUGGACUAUUCACAUGCAUACACAAAUACUACAGCCUGGAGCAGUGGAAAAAAUUCGCACAAGAUAACCCGAAAUGUUUAGAACAAAUGGCUGCAAGUUCUGGCACAGCAGAAGCUGACUUCGAUCGCCUAUCCGAGAUUUUAAAUAACGUCCCAGAAUUAAAAUUCGUCUGCUUGGAUGUGGCGAAUGGUUAUUCCCAGCACUUCGUAGAAUAUGUCCGACGGGUGCGGGCUGGCUUCCCCAAACACACAAUCAUAGCUGGCAAUGUAGUAACUGGAGAAAUGGUGGAGGAACUCAUUCUAUCUGGAGCUGAUAUUAUAAAGGUCGGAAUUGGCCCGGGGUCAGUAUGCACUACACGAAUUAAGACUGGUGUGGGAUACCCGCAGCUCUCAGCCGUCAUUGAAUGCGCCGACGCAGCACAUGGACUGAAGGGUCAUAUCAUUUCGGACGGUGGUUGCACCUGCCCCGGCGAUGUUGCGAAGGCAUUCGGCGCUGGUGCAGACUUUGUCAUGGCCGGUGGGAUGUUCGCCGGUCACGACCAAUGUGGGGGUGAUGUAGUCACAAAGCCAGACGGAAAGAAAGUCAAGUUAUUCUAUGGGAUGUCUUCUUCGACAGCCAUGUUGAAACAUUCUGGUGGCGUUGCUGAGUAUCGGUCUUCAGAAGGUAAAACUGUAGAAGUGGAAUACAGAGGAGAUGUAGCAGUAACCGUUAAAGACAUUUUAGGUGGUCUAAGAUCCACAUGUACUUAUGUGGGAGCGGCGAAGUUAAGAGAACUGCCCCGACGAGCCACCUUCAUCAGAUGCUGUAGACAAGUGAACGACACUUUCUCGUAAUUCUAUUAGAAUCAAUUAGAUAAAAUAUGAUUAUAUCCGAAGUAUGUCUUUUUUAUAUUAAAUUCUUUACCAGAGAUUCUUUCGCAAACUCAUAUCCUGUAUACGACAUAUACAAUACGAUAGUUUGCGAUAAGCUGUGGUUUAUAAAUGAAGUGUCAAAUAUGUGUAUUGUCAUCUGUCACUUGAAGAUAUUAAAAACAGCGAUGGUCAUACACAUAUACAGCGUGGAUUUUUCUGGAAGAUUCUGACUUUUCGUCUUUUGUUUUUCAUUCCUACUACUGCGGUGGGGUAUUAGUCAAGAUGCCUUAACAGUAGUGUAUGUAGAAAGUAGAAAACUAAAUUUGUAUGAAAAUGACAGUUCGUGUCGACUUUCUACAUACACUCCUUUACUCCAUUUUGGGUCACAGACUCAAGUCUCAUUACUGUGUCGUAAACUCAAACAAAGUACUAGCGUAUCUCAAACCUAUUAGAGUUUGACAUCAAUCAAUUCGCGUUCGAUACCGAAUGUUACUCGACAUGUCGAGUUUAUAUAACGUAAUUUUUUAAAUUAUUUAAAUACUUGCAUGUUAAUCGGAUAUAAUAAUAUUUUAUUACCAAUUAAUUAAUAUUUCGAGCUUUGCUGUAUGUCCAUGUAGCACUGCUAAUUGUAAGUAGUUAAAACAAAAUUGUUUCGAUAUCGAUAAAAAAAUUGUUAUAUUUAUGGGACAUAAAUCGUACCAGCAGGUCUACUCUACAUUGGUCCAAGUUAUGAUAAACUGAAUAAUUCGCUGGUAUUGCUACUCUAUUAUAAAGUGCCGAUUUUAAUUAUUAUAAUAUCAUAUAACUAGGAGUUAUAGAAAUUAUAUCCACACGUUAGCAACGCGUAUAACUGAAUGAACAGCUAUUUUUACGAGGUCAGCCUUCUUGAUCCCUUGCUGAUUAAAAAAAAAAAGACAAAUGAAUAUCGAACCAUCUUGUUUCAUAGUCAUAGUACAUUUAUGUUUACCAGCCCAAAUGCAAACCAUUAUUACUGGGGGUUAGAAAGUAAACAUGAAGUAGCUCGGUAUAAUUCAAAGAAAACAGUGUAUGUUUCGCGUGUCAGGGACUAGAGAUUCAACCAAUCAGACAACAGAAACGCACUUUUAUCUUUUCAUAUUAAAGUUGUUACCGAAUAGUUUAGGACGUAAUUGGAACUACAGUCACAAUCGAACAUCGAAGUAACUUCUUAUAUUUGGUCGUAAAAACUGGUCGUAACAGCCGAUGACGUUGUUAUUAAGUACGUAAUACAUACCCGCUUUUGAUUUUGGUCAAUAUCACCGCUAUGUUGUUCUAAACGAUGUCGCUCGUAAACAGUUUUGAUUGUAAUUGAAAGCACGAACGUACACCGUUCUUUGGUAUUCGUUAAUUGAUAUCGUGUUUUAAGUCUAUUUAAAAUCUUGAUAUAACAGUUCUUUUUUCUGGACUCUAUUUUAUUGUAUGGCCUUAAUAUUGUAUUCAAUAGACAUUUGUUGAACUACCUCUGGUAAAAAUAGGACUUAAUUCUUAAAAUAUAUUUUUGAUAUUAUUUUACAAUCAGUUUAUUAAGUACAAAAAUAGCACAAACUUUUUUUUUCGCUUUAUUUUUAAGUUAUGUAGAUGUUACCGUUGUUGACAUAUUUG